AUGAGAGCAUCGCCGAGGAGGAGGCCAGACCUCCGCAACUACGCGAGCUUCUCGAAGGCCACCAGGAGACAAGAGUGUUGUCGAAAAGGAGAGCUUGCGCGAGCUACCCUCUCCACCGACGUGACAAACUUGAAGAUGGGGCUAGUUGAGAUACAAAUCAAACAAGCAGCGACAAAUGCGAUAGUGAAGUCUUUGCAAGAGGAGUUGCGUAGAGGGUUCCUAUGA